AUGAUGGUCCAGCUGUCCGACGCCGUGGACGAGCUGGAGCAAUGGGACAGGGGGGUAGCCCUCGUAGUGCAUGGGAUGGGAGGAAACUUUUGCGCGGGGGCGGACCUGUCGCUCGCCAGGGAGCACCUGCGAACGGGCGCCGACGGCCGGUCCAUGUGCGCCCUCAUGUCCGACACGUUGACGCGUCUCAGGAGGUUGCCCCUCAUUAGCGUGGCUGCGAUCGACGGAGCGGCAAUUGGCGGGGGAGCAGAGCUCGCUACCUCUUGCGACUUCCGCGUAGCCGGGCCGGAGUCUAACAUUCGCUUUGUGCAGGUCAAGAUGGGAGUGAGCACGGGCUGGGGCGGCGGAGCUCGGUUGGUCGGGCUCGUCGGCCGGAGGGCCGCCCUGCGACUGCUGGCAUGGAGCCCGCCGCUAGCCGCCGACGAGGCAGCCGCUCUCGGCCUGGUUGACGCCGUCGCGGAGGAGGAAGGCGGAGCGCUCGCGGCGGCGCGAGAGUUCCUCGGCGGGGUCCUGACGCAAGACGCGCACGAAGCCGUGAGAGCUGUAAAAAGGGUGGUGGCGGCGGCUGACGUCCCCGUGUCGGAUCGGCUCCACCGUGCUGAGGCGGACGAAUUCUCGGCCCUCUGGGGCGGAGCGCACAACAGGAUGGCGCUGGAGCCGCCUUCAUCGCCCAGGCCACCAAGGAGCUGA